CUUUCAUUGUGCUCCAGUGCCUGUGGCCUGCUUAGCACAAAGCCCUCCUUUUCCAGGGCCCCUGCUCUAGGGCAAGGGAAGUGGGGGGUGACCCUUCAUACUGUGGCCCAAACCUUUCAGCAAUUUGUGCUUGCUUGCCCAGUGAUAUGUGGGGGAUUCUGAAGAGCUCAGAAGAGGUCUCAGGACAAUGGAAGAGAAGGAGCAAAGUGAGACAUAGGCAGGUAACAUCCUUUUAUGGGCGCUUUAGGCACUUCCUGGAUAUCAUCGACCCUCGCACGCUCUUUGUCACUGAGAGACGCCUCAGAGAGGCUGUGCAGCUGCUGGAGGACUACAAGCAUGGGACCCUGCGCCCUGGGGUCACCAAUGAACAGCUCUGGAGCGCACAGAAAAUCAAGCAGGCUAUUCUACACCCCGACACCAAUGAGAAGAUCUUCAUGCCUUUUAGAAUGUCAGGUUAUAUUCCUUUUGGAACGCCAAUUGUUGUAGGUCUUCUCCUGCCCAACCAGACUCUGGCAUCCACUGUCUUCUGGCAGUGGCUGAACCAGAGUCAUAAUGCCUGUGUCAACUAUGCAAACCGAAAUGCUACCAAGCCUUCCCCAGCAUCCAAGUUCAUCCAGGGUUACCUGGGAGCUGUCAUCAGUGCCGUCUCCAUCGCCGUGGGCCUUAAUGUCCUGGUUCAGAAAGCCAACAAGUUCACCCCAGCCACCCGGCUUCUCGUCCAGAGAUUUGUGCCAUUCCCUGCUGUAGCCAGUGCCAAUAUCUGCAACGUGGUCCUGAUGCGGUACGGGGAGCUGGAGGAAGGGAUUGAUGUCCUCGAUGCUGAUGGCAACCUCGUGGGCUCCUCCAAGAUUGCAGCCAGACACGCCCUGCUGGAGACAGCACUGACUCGAGUGGUCCUGCCUAUGCCCAUCCUGGUGCUCCCCCCAAUUGUCAUGUCCAUGCUGGAGAAGACAGCUCUCCUGCAGGCGCGCCCCCGGCUGCUUCUGCCUGUGCAAAGCCUCGUGUGCCUGGCAGCCUUCGGCUUGGCCCUGCCGCUGGCUAUCAGCCUCUUCCCACAGAUGUCAGAGAUUGAAACAUCCCAGUUAGAACCUGAAAUUGCCCAGGCCACGAGCAGCCGGACAGUGGUGUACAACAAGGGGCUGUGAGCGGUGGUUGGCCGGCCUGGGGACAGCACAAUGCCCAGGCCAGUGAGGAGCUGGGGGCAGGAAGGAGUCACACAGGCUGCACCUGCAGGAAGGGCCAGGAUGGACCCCACAGGCCUGGGUCACCUGGGGAAUACUCAGUCCACAGUGGUAGGAGACUAACCCGUUCACCUUUUAACGUAGGUAGGGGAGAGGAAUUCUGACACAUUUCCUAUAUAAAAGCAUCAAGUGCAUUUCUGGGCCUUACGUGGGGUUGUCAGAACUCCACUCAGCACAAUUAUGUGUGAAGCUGUAAAACUAGGAAUGCCCAUGGGGUAGACAUAGGAUUCUUUUAUACUUUUAUUUUUUACUUUUCUUUCUUUUUUAAAAAAUCAGAAUCAAGUGUGAGCCUUGGUUGAAGCAGACCAGAAGAGGCAGGCACACAGAUGUUGGGAGCCAUAAUAGGCCGGGUGCUGGGUGGAUUCAAUGGCCUUGCUGGUAGAUUUAGGAUAUUAGAGUGACCAAACCAGAAUGAGGAAGGGAAGGGAGGUGGUCUGCACCCCACAGGAUGAACUAGCCAUGAUGAAAGUCCUCAGGAAUUGGCUCAAGGUUAUCAAGAGGCCCUGGCAGGCUCUGGAAGAUCCUGUGGCCAGCAGACUCUGAAUGUGGCCUGCCCUCACCUAUGCUAUAGCUGUGGAACCAGUUCCUGAGUGAAGCACUGUGGUAUGGAACUGAGGUUUGCCUUCAUGGAGCAUUCACUGAUUUUAGGCCUUUGAGGCUCAGCUCCAGGAAGAGAGUUCCAAGAAAGAAUGAAUUUUGGCAAGAACCACGGGCCUGUGCUGGCCUCUGUGGGAAGAUCCUCUUUCAAGUGCAGGGUGUAGCUCACAGCCUGCAGGCUGGGCAUUGGGCUAAGGGUGGGCCAGAACUGGGUUGACUGCUGUCCGGAGAGUAUUCAUCAUGGAACCUGCCUGCCCUAUCUACCCUUUUCUGAGCAGGAGGGUCUCAUACCUGAGGGUGUCAAGGCCAGAUCCCUGGGACCUAUUUGAGAGGCAACGUCAAUCCAGGAAUGGUGAACCUAGCUAUGUGGUCUUGGGCAAUCCACUCCCUUCUCUGAUCCUCCAGCCCCUGCCCAGAAGCAAAUACUGGAUCAAGGGUUUCUCAUUACUCUCCCAGUUCACCUCUGCCUGUUCUGCUCAGAUGCUGGUCAUCUCAGGCAUCUCCUCAACAAGGACACUGGCCUGUGAAAGGAGCAGGCCCUUUGGGAUUGGCCAGCAGUUGGCUCAGAACCUGGACUGUGCCCUUCUUUAUGUGACCCUACAUCCCAGGAGCACUUGACCUUUGCCAAACGUUUCACUGUUCCGGAAGAGGUGACAGCAUGGAUGCCUUUGCAUCAGCAGGGGCUCACAACUGCAUCCACCUGAGGCUCUUGCCGCUGGCUCUUUCUCCCAUCUGCAGGCAAGGGAGGAAGAGAGGGAAGUUGGAGGCAUGGUGAUUCCUCUCCUGAAAGGCCCAAAAGAAGGAGAUUCAUGGCCUCAAUGUGCUCCUCGCCUGACUCCCACUAGGACUGGCCAUCUCACCAUGCAGCCCCUGGGCCUCCCUCUCCUGGUGAUCUUGAGAGGAUUCUAGGCUGGAGGUGAACACACGUGUGUGUGGGGAAAUGCAUGUGUGAGCAGCAAGGAUGUGGCCACGGGCACCGUCUCCACAUCUUGAGGGACACGUAGUUUUGGUGAGGUGGGUCUUCCAUGUGCACUUCGGUGGCCAACGGCUGGUUCUGCAGGACAUUGCCCUGAAGGUCUGCCACACUCUGGAGGAGCAGCCUACCCCCUGCUUAUCAGGGAGAGAUGUAGAUCAGCAUGGAAGGCAGAGCAGUAAGGAAAAGGGGGCCACAGUGUUGGAGAGGGCAGGAACUUUGAGCCAAUCCCACCAUAAUGUGAAUGUGCCAAUGACUGCUGGCUGUGCCAGUCUUUAGGCCUAGACUAGAAGCUGGGCGUGUUGGGUCUUCUUUUGAAAAGCUCAUUUUGAGCUCACCCUACUUUUGUCAUGGGUCUUGUUCUUGUGCACUUUAUCAUGGGCCAAAACUCCCCCCCAUCCCUAACUAUCCCUCCCAGAGGCCCAGCAGAGGUGGGCAUUUGCAUCCUUCUCCAUGCCAGGGGCUUCAGCAUAGCCGCACCCUCCCACCAUGGCCUCAGCAUUUCAUAAGCUGUCUGCUUUGUCUCUGGAUGAUUUUCUUCAUGCACUAAAAUACAAUUCCAGAUGAGCUAAAGGGGCUGCUUUGCAGAGGGGUGCACUGAAAAGGAUCCUUAUAGCUCAGGGUGAUAGUGACAGGGGGUUCGAUUGUCCAUGCUGCUAAGCCCUGGUCUGGCUUUAGAACACCCCAUAAAGGAGACUUGCUUCUCAUCUCUGCUGAGGCCAGGGGAGAGAGGUCUAGGGAGUAGAUUGGUUCAUGAUUGGCAAAGAGACCAAAAUUUUCCUAGCCAACCCUCUUCUGGUCACUUCAAACAUUCCUUCAGUCCCAGGGAUGCCCUUCAUCCAUUCUCAGAAAGCAGUUUGAGAGUACAGGCUCUAAAAGUGAAAGAUGUCAGAUGGCCAGCAGACCCUGCUCCCUUCCUGAUUGUGAGCUGGCUUGUUUCCUGUUUGGAGCCUCUGGCCUGGGAGAAGGGUGGGGUCCUGAGGAGAGGAGUGGGAAGAUCCCAGGUGGUCUGCCAGCUUUAGGCAGGGAUGAGUGAGGCCCCAGCCUACAGGCCUCAGCACACCCAGGGACUUUACAAUGUCUUUUUAACCUCAAAAAAUUUCUCAACCUAUGUGAUUUAUGUAAUACUAACGAGCUGUGGGCAAUAAAUGAUUUAAAGCAUCA